AUGUCGUCGACUACGACGUAUAUCAUGGCCCCCGCGGCGAAGGCCAAGGCGUACGGAAGGAGGGGCUCCGCCGCGAAGACUGCUGGAGAAGAGGAUGACUCGGGGACGGAGAAGGGAGCGCGGAGGCACGGCAGCUAUGUAACGGGAACCGGGCCAAGGUCACCGAUCUGCCCUCCAUUCACGGUACAAUCCUAUCCGCCAUCCAACCACCCCCCUGGAUGGCCACCUAGAAUAUGUGUUCUGGUCAGGGGUUGGCAGCGCUUGGGAUGUUCAGCUGGAGUACAAGAAUUCACGAGGGUAGUGGAGGAGCAAGAAUCCAGGAGGUCCUCGAAGCGGAUUCCAAAUCUUCAAGAUGGAACUGCGCACGACACAAUGGCUGUCGUAUUAACCCAUCCUGAACAACGACAAUUACUUUCCAAUGAAGCCGAGAGAGCAGACAUAAGAGGUGGAGGCCGUGGACUCACCUAUAGAUGGCAGACAGUCCUCAGGGAUCUUGGGCCUUAA